GGAGCGAGGACGCAUGCGCGCGCAGAGGCGGGCGGUUUGAAGCGGCGGAUGUGACGUCAGGAGCGUUCGCCUACGGCCGCUGCUGUCUGAGGCGGCUGCGAUGGCGGAUGAGGGGGAGGCAUAAGAAUAUUUAAGAUUUCAGAAGAUGAAAAGAAAAGUGGCCAAAGCUGGAAAAAUGAGACUGAGUCCUAACGAAGAAGCUUUGCUGUUGAAAGAAGAAUACGAGCGAAGAAGAAAACUGAGGCUGCAGCAGGUUAGAGAGCAGGAGAAGAGUAUUGCUUUGCAGAUAAGGCAAGAUGUGAAGCAACGAAGAGACGAGCAGCUGCAUCAGCUGGCAGAAGAACUAAAGGCAGAGUGGUGGCAAGCACAAGCGGAGAAGAUUAAAGCCUUGGAAAAGCUUUAUCUGGCAAGCCUGAACGCUAUAGGGGAAGGGCACAGACAGGCAAAAGAAAAUAAACCUGAUCCUGAGGCUGAAGCAAAGCACAGGGAGAGGAAACAGAGAGCAGAAAGGAGGCAUAAAGAAGCCCUGAGGGAGCAGAGGAGCCAAAAACAGAAACUACUGAAGGAGCAAACCCGGAGGGCGACUGCACGGAAGCAUGCGUUAGAAGUGGAAAAAGAGAGAGCAGCCAAAAUUGCAAGCCUCCCUCCACCUCCCCCCGAUCCUUUUGAAAAUAUAGAGCUGAAGAGCGUGCCUACCAUGAAAGUCUACGGUGGUGACAGUUUUGCAGUUAGUCAUCACCACUUCUUUGAGCCCCACGUGGAUAGAGAAAUGGACAAUGAACAGCCAGACGCUCGGCUGCUCGCCGAAAAGGAAGCCAAACGGCAGGAAGGACUGCAGAGCAAAGAAGAAAGGGAAAAGAGAGAACAGUCGGAGAAAGCUCACCUGAGAGGCAUGCAGGCCUUGAAGAUGGUUCGUCUGGCAAGAGACAGGGAAAAGCUGAUGCAAGAGCUUGAACAGAUGCAGAAUAUGGACCUGGCACAUAGAAGACAGAUAGUUGCCCAGAUGCCACCUCAGCUGUUCGAACCAGGCUACAGACGUGAGGAAAUCAGGGAAGAACGGCAGAGAGAGCUGGAGUGUGCUUUUGAAGACAUGUAUACUGGAGACCGCAAAAUGAGAGGAGACCUCAUCCUGCACCUGGACCCACAGCCUUUGCCGACCUUCUCUAAUCACUCUCAGGACACUGAACUGGACCUUUCCCACGAGCCAGGAGAUUUCCCAUCAGAACAGGGAGAUGCACAGGACACAGAGCCAGCUGUUGAAAUAGAAAAGGCACCCAAGACUCAUGCAAAAUUAGCUUUAAAAAAACUGCUAAGCAAGAUCAGGAACCAAAAAGACCACUGGACGUCAAGAUGCGAGCCAGCAGCUCCAAGUGAUACAGAGACUAUUGAAUCAGGAACGAUUUCUAGUAGAGAGAGAAGAGUAUGUGAAUCCGAACUUGAGGAUGAACCAAACGAUGGCUGGGUCUCUGAAGCUGAGGAGGUUCCAGAAGUAUUGAACCAAACUGUUGUUGCUGGAAAUGCAGUUGUGAGUCACUCGCAAGAGCAACCAAACAACAUUGGAAGGAAAGCAGAAAGACAAAAACAGAUGGAGCAGCUGGAGCACCAAAAACAGCAGCAGCUGGCCUUGCUCCAGCAACUCGAAGAGCAGAGGAUACAGCUGGAGGUUGAUUUGCUGAGGUCUCAAAUGCAGGACCUGGAGGGAGAAGUGAAGAAACAGCCGGGUCAGACCAUUCAGAUGAAUGACAAGGACCUGGCUGUGAACCAGCAGCAGGAAACGGAACUGAAGUUUGAAACUGCCACAGGAAUGGAAAUGACCAGCAGUUCGGGAGAGGACGAUCACAUACGGAUGAUUCGUGACUAUCAACAGCGUCUCCUUGUGCAAAGCAGAAUGCACAAGGAGUCAGUUGAUGAAGCUCGAAAGCGUUUACAAGAGUAUCAGAACAGGUUAAAACAACGAUACCCGUCUGUUUCUGCCACGCUGUUUGGUCCUGCGACCGAAGGGCUCGCUCGCCCGAAUCCUGUCCCGGCACCAUCAUUGCUCUUACAUGGAUCUGAUGCCUCUCAGAAUGCCGGCCGAGCAGGACAUUUGCCAUCAAAGCAUACUUCUGUACAAGAGUUUGCACAACCAGUUGGGUACUCACAGCUUCCUUGGAGGUUGAAAGGGCCCUCAGGCCAGAAGGACACAGAGCAAAGGUUUGAUGUGGGCAGUCAGGAGCACAUCCGAACGACAGAGGCCCAGGUUGAGCAGAGACCUCUUGAGUCAUUCCAAGAUUCUGGUCCGGUCCAAGAGACAGUGGGGAUACCUGUUACACAGGGGUUGGAGUUCCAAGGGAUUCCAGAAGCAUCUAUUCUCAAGACGCAGGAUACUGCUGCUAAAGCACACCCUGCAUGGCAGGUCCAGUUCACUUUGCCCACUGGCGCACCCCUCGGGGCCUCUCAAACUUUCCAUCCUUACAAACCAGGAACUUGUGCCGCUCCAGCAGAAGAUACUCACUUGCCGAGUUUUUUAAAACCUGUGCCAACGGAGAGGGGAGUGACAUUUGACGCUAUUCACCGUCCUCCUGUUCAGCUUCUGCCUUCCUCUACAGCCGGCGAAGCAGGAAGACUCCAGGAAUUAAACAACGGAAGCAGGUCCUUCUCCGGUUAUUCCGAUAUUGUGGAAUUAAGGGACAGGAUGCUGGCUUCCUCCGAGAGCAUCCAAGCUCAGCAGGAGCACUUGAAGGAACUGCAAGACCAGCUGGAUCAGCAAAGAGAGGCUCUUCUUUCUCGGCAGAGGGUGCAGGAGGACUUGCUCAUGCACAAGCACGCUCAGUUGAAAAAACAGAUGGAGCAGCAGCAAGAGGCGUUAAAGGCCUUCCUUCAACAGGCAGGCCAGUCCACAUACGGAGAGGCACAAGACCCUCCCAGAGUCAGUCUGCUGGCGACACGUACUAAAGAAGCAGACUCCGGCAACCGAGGGAAGGCCGAGUGGGGUCCUGCAGGCAGCCCUGCCGAAAAUAAGCUUUUGUUUCCAAGCACCGAUUCAUCCGAGCGGAUUGAGCUAUUUCAAAGCACUCGGGAAAGAGAACCGACGUGGAGGCCCUCAAAACCACCUUUGGCAAAAGUCAAGCUGGGCCUUGAUUUGGAACAGCACGAACUGAGCGCUAUACCAGAGCUCGACACGCCAAGGAGCAGCAGGCUUUCUGGUACAGGUUACAGAGAAUCUCUUACCGGAGACACUUUCUUCACAUCAUGUGCUGGCGAGCUUCAGUCUAGCAGUCACUCAGACGACUCCCUCCACGAAGAACCCGACACAUUAAGAAUGGCAGUGAAUGACAAAGAUCACAGUUUUAGCGAAACUAUCAGGAGCCGCUUAAGCCCAUCCUGGCCUGAGAAGUGGCUGGCAGGUGCAAGUAAUCUGCGUGAUCCAGUUCACUCAGCAGAACAUUUUCUCACGGAUCAACGUUUGCUAAGUUCCACUACUGAUACCGGGAGGCAGCUAGCUCUGUAUCCUGAUUCGUCGCUUGGACCGAAUCACAGGGUCAGUCACGCUGGAGAUUUAACACGUUGCGGCGCAUUGAAAACAAACCUGCUCCCCCUCUUUCCCGAUGAGGAGCUUAAUACAGCAAGGUUCCCUGGUCCGGGCAGGUCAAGUCCACAGACUCGCGUGCAAGAGGCAGCCUGUAGCUAUUUGUCUUCAUCGUCUAUUUCUGUUGGAAGCUUUAUACUCAACGAACAGCCAGACGGAAGCUUUGCCAGCACAGGGUUUCCUUCAGGUCGAGCACAUUCUGGGCACGUUGGCUCUCCUGCGAAAGAGAUGGCGAGCACCACUUGGAACCGUUCGGUUUCUUCACUGUAUAAGAAGGGUGGUGCUUCCGAAUCUCCAGGUUCUCAUUUCCCUUUUGGAGAAAGGCUUCACUCAAGCAGCAGAAUCCAGCAGAUCAUAGAUAAAUAUACAAGAGAUCUGAGCUCGUCUCCACGCAACACAUCUUCUCAUGGUCCAGCAGCUGAGGUUGAUGUUACUAAUAUUGAGAGAAUCUCUCCUGUGGAACUUUUUCAGCCUUUGGAGGCCAGUCCAGACUUUGAUAACUUUUCACCCCUGUCUGAACACUGGCUCACUCAUGACAGCAAGAACCUCAGCAAGAGUUCAGAUUUAUCUGGGAGCCACGAAUUACCACUUUCUAGCUCAGAAGACCGAAGUAUCGGCCUUUCUUUCCUUGCUGAAGGAAAACAAAGCAAUACUCUGCAAACAAAAAAGGCUGAAGAAGAGACAAAGGACCAAAUCAAAGAACUGUCUAGCGUAAAAAUGGACGCUUCAGUGUUUCAACCACGUGCUGAGAACUUUUUCGAACCACUGCUCACAAGCGCCACUUCGUUCGAGCUGAGCCGGAGUGCUGAUGAACCUGCGUACCUCACCGCUGUGUCUGAACAUGCUGCAUUUGAGCAAAUGAGAAAAUCUGUGGAAGAACUAAUGCAUAUUUCCCUGACCGGGUACAACGAAGCACUGGAAGGAGGCGAGGAGGAGGUCAGCCCCCCUUCUACCAUUGAAAACUUCCGUAGCCCAAGUCUGAGUCCAGUCCAAGACUGCAGCUCUUUUUAUCAGCUCAUUCCCAAUUAUGGGCUCCUGGAAAAUGCUCUUGGAACGACACCUUCCGCAAAAGAGGAUGCGGUAUCCAGAGAAGAGAACCGGUAUUUUGUCGAAUUGCCUGUUGCCUCAGCUGACUCAAAACACGAAGGUGGUGAACAAGAAACGAAGGUGAUUAUAAACGAAGACCGAGAAAUGGAUUGCUUCCAGUGUGCUUCGUAUAGUGUGGGAGAACAUAGAUCUCUACCAGCAGAGACGCUGCUGAAUUCGGCUCAAGAAGCAAACUCUGGAGUGUCAAUCGGUCCUGUGCAAAAUUCUGCAGGCCAACAUGGCUCAGUGUCAGAUACAUUUCGGUUCUCAUAUUCGGGAGCUACUCAUGUCAAAAGCCCCAGUUCCUGUUUGCUGCAGAACGUCAUACCCAUCUGGGAGCUGCAGGUGGGCAGAGGCAUCAUGGAGGAGCCUGAAUUGACUCUGAUCAGCUCUACGGACAUCAGCGUUGCAGGCUCAGACUGGGAACCCCUUCAGCAAGCAGACAUCAGAACAGGAGAAACUGAACGCCUGUCACAUAGAAGCCGCCCUGAAGCCGAAACCUGUCCAGGGAGCAGAAGUUUUUUACCUUUAAAGGCAGAAGGGAAUGAUUCCAUUUACGCUCAGCCCGACGACUGUCUUUCACUAACUCCAAGCACCAAGGAGGAUCUGUGUCAGAACCAGCAGGCAAAAACAAUGUUCUCGGAGUUCCCAUCUGCCCCGGGCAGCUUACAAGAAUCGUUUUUCAAACGGAAGAAAAAAUUCAUCGAGGAAUCCUCUAAAAGGCUGGAGAAAGUUAAAAGCAGGCAGCAGCGUUCUGCAAAGCCUCAAGUGAAGGCGCCCCCGCAGAAAACGACAAAACCUCACAAACCAAAAGAGAACUUGCCUCCCUCUGGAGCAGCUGCGAGUCAUUUGAAGAAAGUGGCGGAAGUCAAAGUGUGCUCCGCAGAGGACAGGAGGAAGGCAGGCGUGGAAAUGCACCAGCGCACCUCAAGAUUGUAUAAUAAUCUAGCAGAAGUGAAAAUCCGCAAGGAUGAGAAAGAAAGACGAAUGAUUCACGCCAAAAACCGGGAAAAGGCAAAGGAAUUUCAAAAGAAAACACUGGAAAUACUACGAGCUAAAAAAACAUGUUGAAACGCUCUUCAGAAGGCAUCUUGAAAAUGGAAGUUCAGUAUACGAUAAAAAGAUGAGGUCAACUUCACUUUGCAGUAAUAAUUAUGUACAAUUAAAUGCAAGCUUUUUAUAUUUAUAAUUUAAACCCAAUGCAUAAUGGAGCAACACAGCCAAAUCUGGACAGACUGAUUUGUCUUUAGUUUGCUUCAGUUAUGGGUUUUUAUCCAGACUGUGUAUAUUUUUUAAAAUGCAAAUGCUUUUUAUCUCAGUUUAAUAAAAAUUAACGUUUGAAAGUGGUUCUUCUUGAGUAAACUGGAUUAAAGACACUAGACUCUCAA